UUAUAGUUUACUUUACACCUCAAUGGAUUACACCAAAAACAACUUUGAUUAACUCAAUUUCCAUUGUUUUGACUUAAUUUCGGCCAUAAUGACUAAUUCUGAAAUUUAUUCGUGUGUGACGCUCGAUAACGAGAACGGCAACAAUGUGGAUAUGGCAGAAAGAAGAGCUCAUCACAAUGCUUUAGAAAGGAAGAGGCGAGAAACUAUUAAAGAAACUUUUACUACUCUAAAGGAUGCCCUGCCUUCCUUAAGGGGAGAGAAAAUGGCUAGUAGGGCUUUGAUCUUAAGAACUGCUGUGGAACACAUACAGACCAUGCACAGAAGGAAUACAAUACAUCAACAAGAUAUUGAGGACCUUAGGCGUGAAAACUGCCUUUUGGCUAAUCAAAUCCAAUCUCUUGAGAAGACCCACAAUGUGCCAUACUUGGGUGAUCCGGUUCCAUUGGAUAGUACAAGUUCGGAAUCCGAUUCUGAUCCAGACUGCGAAGGCGAUAAUAAUAAAACCAAGAAACUAACAGUUGCGGGUAAAACACUGAUUGUACAUAUCCUGUGAUGUUACUGAACUUAUAAGACGAACGAGUACUCGUUGUAAAAUUAACGUUGAAAUUGCGGCUGUUAAAAUAAAAACUAUGUUUAACUUAAGUUUGGUGCUGUAAAAAAAACCUUUAUAUAUAUAUACAUAUAUAUAAAACCAGUUACUAGAAGAUUUAAAUUUUUUGUUGAUUUCACAUUAAUUUUGUCGUGAUAUUAUUAAUUUAUAUAGAUUGAACUUGCAAAAUUUAUUAUUCUAAAGUUGAUAUGUUUUCUAUACUUUUAAUGUUACCAACUCUGUGGCAAUUAAGAAAAAAAUGUUGAUUUUGGAUAGAUUUUUUAUUUUUAUUUUUA